CAUGACUCUAUCCCCAGUGCUUCAACAGCAUAACGCUAUGAACAACCAAAAAUUCCUCUCCGUCCCGUUCUUUACCAGUCCCGACACGUUUCAGUUCUUGCCGCCCGAUGCAUCAUCAUUUUUCUACAAGCCUCUUUUUACUACUAAUACCCACCGUCAUUAUCCCAUCUCUUCAGUUUUAGCUUAUAACCAACUUAACCAAACUAACAACAACGACCAUCCCGUUUCGAUCGACAUCUCGGCUAUUCUCGCGCAAUCUGAUAUUAACAUCAAGGAAACCGAAUCACCACCGAUUCUUGACGGAAUCGCCGCUGUUGUUGGCGAACACGUCCUCUUUGGGACCAGUGCCGACGCCCCCAAACCUCAAAGCCAAGAACCUUCUAUUUCUCAACGUACUGGGUCCAGGAAAAAGGACGGUGAGAUUCACGGCGGCGGCAGAGGAGUGGGGGGGCAGAGGACAUACAGAGGAGUGAGGAAGAGGCCAUGGGGAAGAUGGUCAGCAGAGAUACGUGACCGAAUAGGGCGGUGCCGCCACUGGUUAGGAACGUUCGACACAGCAGAGGAGGCGGCGCGUGCAUAUGACGCGGCUGCAAGGAGACUUAGAGGUGCAAAAGCAAGAACAAACUUCGAAAUACCUUCAGUGGUGCCUAUAUCAGGAUCUUUAAAUGAGGUGAAGAAGAGAAACAGUAAGGUGAGUAGUAGUGGAAGAAAGUGUGCAGUUGUUACUUCUGUAGCUCAUCUUUUUAGUGAUACAAGUUGCAAUAUUAGCAACAAUGUGGAGCUUGAUUUGAAGUUGGGGGUUGGGUUUGGUGGCAACGCAGAAAAGAAUAGUCCUGCAUCUCCUCCGCCAUCAAUGGUUGUUUAACUAGUCUUUUUAGGUUUAGGUAUGUCUAUUAUGGUGGGGUUUUUCUUCUUUUCUUUUUUUUGGCAAUUAGGGUUUGGUAUGAUACUAUUAUUAGUCAUGGGGCUAGUAAUUACUUUGGCAAAAUAUGCAUGGGCAUGAAAGUUAUAUGA